AUGUUGAAGUCAGUUUUCAUGCACGACCCAUAUGUACAGUUUAUUGGAAUGAUGAAAUCAUUAAUUAAUAAUCAAUUGUUAGUGCCAGGCCAAUCACGCGCCGAAGCUGCUUUUAAGCGUAUACAGGUGUUGGAGCGCGGGGUGACCGGCGACCAGCUGCCCUCGCUGUGGGUCGCCGACCGCAAGGACCAUAAAGAACUAGCGGUGGGUGUUAUGUGUCUCAAUACACAAAUUAAUUACGAAGAGCUCGAAGAGAGCUUUGAGCUUUCUCCUUUCUCUGGUUUAAAACAUAUUGAUACGCCACCUAACCCUAAACCUACAGAGUUUGAUUCUGGAUCAAGCGUGUUUACAACGGUUGGCAAUAUAGAAUCACGGCGAAAUUCGAAUGCGGAAAUGAUACCGGCGAAAGAUGUCAAAUCAAGGGUCACGUGGUUAUUCGACGAUGAUGAACUUAAAGAAAUUCCCAAAGAAUCGGAAACUAAAAGUCGCGCGCAGGAACUGCCUUAUUCUCAGUUGGACAUUCUUAAUCUAUUAGAGGAUGAGGAAGAUGAGUUAGAAUAUGAUAUCGUAAAUAUUGAUACGGAUUUAUUGAGAUUACCUCGCUUGUUUACUAGUGAUGACUUCUUGAAAAAACGAAGAUUUUCUGGAGAGCUUGCUCAUCAUCGGAAAGAGUCAGUAUUUAAAAAUAAGUAUAUCAUUAAAGAUAUGCCGAAGGAACUAUCCAAUGCGAGCGUUAAUAUUGCGGGUGCAUCGCUCAAGCCGCCCGAGCUCACGCGCUACUUGGGUCGGCCUAAUGCCUUCCUUUUGGAAAUGUUCGCUAUGCACCCUGAUUAUGAUGAGAGAGAUGUCAGAGUUCGUAAAGCCGAAACUUACGAUAUACCGCAUUUAAACAACGUAUUGGAACACGCGCCUAGGAAACACAACUUAUUAGGGUUGUUGGAAAAAAGUCUACAGUCUCUAACGCUCUCCUCAUUUGUUCUACUUAGUCAGAACCAACCCAUUGGAGUAGCUAUUCUUGGACCUUUAGAAGAUGCUACCUCAAUUAGAACCCAAUAUGAAUUGGAGGCUGAACCUAUAAGAUCUGGAACAGACGCAUCUGUAAGAGCUAUACCAUUUGCGUUAUGGACCAUUGAACGACCGCUGACCAGCUUGCCAAAGGUCCACGUGAAUAAUAGCAUCGUUGUUGUAGGCGCGAGUCGAACUGGACUUGCGUUUCUAGAAACGUUACUUUUAGGUCCCACAUCAGAAUACCUGACAUUCACGAACCUAACGCUGGUGUCUCAGCACGGGCUGCCCGCGGCGGGCGACGGCGCGCGCGCUGCCGACGCGUGCGUGCCGCGCGACGGACGCUACACCGACCGAUAUCUGAAGCGCGUCCCCUUCUAUUACUAUGUUGAUAUCAUUUCCGCUAUUAUGGUCAAGAUUGAUAGGAAGAAAAAAUGUAUUCACCUGAAUGGUAGCGGAAUUAAGUAUUAUGAUGAACUCAUAUUGACGUGCGGUCAACAGUUCCAACAUCCUGAUUAUUUGAAAGAUGCUAUAGAAUUGGCUAAAGAAAUAGAGAAGGGUAAACCUUGCGACAGAGUUCUUAUGGAUAACCCGAAGUAUCGACCUGAUAGCGUUCCUUUGCCACCGGAUUUACCAGAUAACGUGAUGCUUAUAAACAAUCUAUAUGAGGCUAACGUCUGUCUUAGAAGACUAACGCGAAUGAUAUCUGAUGCAAAACAGACUGACCGAUGCUUAAGUUCUGAAAAUAAAGUGGUUGUAUACGGCGAUUUUAUUGAAGCGUAUAGUUGUAUAGCGGCAUUGCUAGAGCUUGGGAUAAGUGCGGAAAACAUUGCUUUCGUAGAACCUUUUCCUCCAGACGAUAGUACUGCUAUGAGAGUUAAUUGUUUCAACAAUGAGACGGUAGAUGAAAGGGUUCAAGCAAGUAUAGAGAAAUUAGGAAUUAAAACGUACAAACAAUGUUAUUUCCACGGUUGGUCACUGCAGGGAUCCCGCGUAGAGUUUCUCCGGUUGAUGUCGCCAUUACACGCUCUACAUUUACCAUGCUUUGCCUUAUUUUAUUAUGGAAUUAAAGCGAUUGAUUUAAAUGCUUUUAAAGCUAUAAACGAAAGUGGGUUGGUGUACGACGGUGGUUUGGUAGUGGGUCCACAGUUCGAGACCAACGACCCCUGCGUGUUCGGCGCGGGGCCGUGCACGAAGUACUCCCGCCGGCUGCACGCGCCGCAACAUUCACACAAGUAUUACUAUUCUGAAGAUGUAGGCGAAGCGCUAGCUAAGCUUCUAUUGCGUAAGAUGGAUCCGUUCGUUAAUGAAGAGGCUCCAAUAAAUGUUGCUUCCGAUAUUAUGCUACGAUAUAAUUCCAGCUUGCUUGCUAGAUGGCAGCCAGUGAUGAAGUUCUCCUCUCCACUGGUGCGCUCGGCCACGCUGCCGGGCCCGCUCUACUACAUGAACCUACGCCGCCCCGGCAAGGAAGUGCCGAUGGCUGUACAAUUAUUGUUACCGAAUCAGGUAAAUUUAGUAAGUGAUUUAUACGAAUAUUUCAUGCAGCCCUGGAUGGCGGCUCUAUAUCAGGAGCCAUUUGGUACUCUAUUGUAUGAUAUUUAUGAACAGGCCGGAAAUACGGUGUACGAUGUAAUUAAAACGAAAUAUAAUGAAUUUUACGCUAAAAGCAAAAUUGAGGGAUCUUUCCAAGAGCCCUUAUCUGAAGCCUUUAUUUCGCAUGAAAGUGGUUGUGAAGAGUGUGGCCAAAAUGAAGAGCUGCGCCAUGAUGCAGCUACUUUCUGGAAGGCAGUCGGUGGAGAAAAUAUCGUAUAUGCUAACCUAACAAGAUUUCUUAAUAAGAAUGUGAUAACCAAUCCCCAAUAUGCGAUACCGGAACAAGAGCUUUUA